AUGGAGCCAGACCCAAAGGGACGUCUUCAAGAACAUGAAGAAGGAGGGAAUAGGAAGCGAGGUGCUGAGCCCCAGGAGGUAAAAGUGGUCCAGCCAGAGGAUGAUGUCUCAGUAACAGCAGGAGGGACCCUUAGACUGAAGUGUACGGUGACCGUUGGAGGUCGCCCAGGACCUGUGAAGUGGUUCUUGGGGGAAGGUCCCAGUCGGAAGCUCAUCUAUGCAGGUGUUGGAAAGUUUGAGAGAGUGAUGAAGGAAUACCAAGGCUCCAGCACGGAUUUCACCAUCCUCAUCCGUAACGUUUCUCUUGAGGAUACUGGGACUUAUUACUGCGUGAAGCAGAAGGCAGGACAUAAUGGUGACACCGAUGUGGAAUGUGGGCCUGGAACUAAGGUGCUUGUGACAGAAGGUGACCAAAACAAGUACCUCAUUCCCGCGGCUGCCGGGGCUGCCUGCGUCCUCCUUGCUGCCUUCGUCUCCAUAGCCAUUUACUUCUAUGCCAAGAAGAAAAGAGGUGAGUGA